CCAUACAUAGUAUACACACGACCCAGACGACCGACCGGUCUGCUCCCAAUUUCCCCAGCUCAGGAAGCAUCCAGUGUCCCGUGCUUUCGCAGCACUCGAGGCGACAACGACAUGGAGUCCUUCUAGGUGCAGGAGCUCGGAGACGGGAGCGUCGGAAGUGAUCGCCUGAUUGCUUCGUGUGGGGGCCCUUCAAAAUGAGUAUGUACAUUCGCGUUAAGCGGAGUAAGACGACUUACUUUAUCCAGUGUGAACCAACUGAGACAAUUCUUAAUGUCAAGGAGAAACUGCAAAACCUCACAGACCAACCUGCUACUGAUCAACGUUUGAUCUUGGUAGGGACUGGGGAAGUGCUGGAGGAUUCAAAAUCACUAGCUGAUCAAAAGGUUGAAAAUGAUGCCGUGGUUGCACUGACCUUGAGGAAAGAUGACAAUGAGUUCGAGGAAGUGAACAUUGUUCGGCCAAACGAUUAUUGCCAAUCUGUCGAUGGAGAUGGAAGCAAAUGGUGAACGUAGCGGACACUCUUCUCUAAGCUCUGUAUCAAAAGUUUCCUCACUUAUGUGAGGGAAUUGUGAUAACUUAUCUUGAAAAGAAGAGCAUGCACUUGAGAGACCUAGGGAUCAUAAGAUGGUAAAUAAUUGUUCGAAAGUUCGACAUGUAUUUGAUUGUCGGCAUGUCAGAUAAUCGUCAGUUGACAAUCUGUAGUUCAUUGGAAUUUUUGUUGCAGAUCGCGUUAGUUCUGUUUGGAGAAUGCAUGCACCAUUAAUAUGGUUUCACCCCAAA